AUGACAACUCCGCCGCAGGUGAUUCGACUUUGAACUAAAAAUAGAGAUUAUAUAAUUGAAGUCAACUCAAAAAGCUGUGAAUUGUCAAGUGAGAAGUAGAGUUUAUAAGGAAAUUCAGAUUUAGAGCUGUGAUUCGAAAACAUAAAGUCACAAAAUUGUACAUAAAGACUCGUUUUUCGUCACGUUUCGAUUCAUUUUUGACCUUUCCAGCUUUUUCGCUUUAUUUUCAACGAAGCCUUUUAGAAGUUACUGUUUCAAAAGGAGAUGAUCUCAUCUGAUCAUUCAAAUCUAUCCUUUGAUUUCGACAAACACAGAGGCCUGUGUAAACACGAGUUCACUUAGAGAUUAGGUAAACACUUGCUAACCGGAGAAAUAUAAGAUUUGGGUUGAUCAAUUAAUCGAUAAUAGGUUAUAACUGUUAUGACUUUAUCAAAACCGUAAGAAACGAAAGGAAAAUUCUUUGGGCUAGAUCGGCUACGUAAGAAUUGCGUUCGACUUCAGAAAGAAAAGGCAAAAAACGGCUCUGCAGCUUACAAGUCGAAGCGUUUUGAACAAAAAUCAAAAAUUUUGACUUCUUAAGAAAUUUGUCAGUCAGCCUAAUUUUGAACCCUAAAGCCUGAAUUUGAACUAAAUGAAAUUCAUGACAAUCCUUGGCAAUUUUUCAUUAGGUCCGAAGUCUUUAAACUUCAGGAUAUCGGCAGAAUCGAGUCUAUUCGAAUCACAAAAGCUCAAAUUUUCAGUGCGUCUGUAUUCCUCAAGGCAGUCAAUGCAUGAACUACGAUUCUCGGAUUCAAGCCAAUAGUCUAGAAGAAGCCAUGGCUUCCUUUCCAGAUCUGACUAUCGAGCAACCAGUUCCGGAACCAACAAAUCAGGUGAAUAUGAAAUUUCUACUCCCCCGGGGAGUAAUACCUUUCCCUUUGACUUGUCAAAAAAGUGCGUCAUUCGGUCUUUCACUGAACUUUCUGUUUGCGCGUAGUAGUUGUAAAUAUUUUCCGUUUCAACUACUAUACCGUGAAAAAGGAAUAAAAAGGUUUGUAGGUGAUUAGAGCAACAGAUUCAGAGAUCAAAACAGACGAAAACAAAUUUUGGGGAUCAAUCCAACCGAAAAUGAAGAAAAAAAGGAAAACAGUUCAGAUUAGCGCGGUCUGUGCAACAAAGGAGUGUCAGGACUGUCAAAAUGAUUUGAGAAAGCGCUUGGAACAGGUAUUUUUUGAUUUCAAAUCUUUGCCAUUUGAGAAUUUGAGAAAAAAUUAUGAAAUUGUACUCUAAGGUCUCCUCAUCCCUGACCACAAAUUUUUCUGAAUUUCUGUCCCAGGGCAAAUUUUGAAGCUGUUGAAUUUGUGAUUUGUCAUUUCAAGGUUAAAAAAGGAUUUUUGGUGUUUUUGUCAAAAAAGCUGUUUAGGAGACCCCAAUAGAAAGUUUCUGCAUUUUAUUAACCGGUUAUUUUAAAAAUGGUGUUUCUAAUAAGAGUUCGAAAGUUUGGAAAGAAAGGAAGUUUUAUAGAUUGGACUUUUGAAUGCGACCAUAAAUAGCAUAAUUACUGCGGGUGGCGCCAACUCCACCUGCAGCAAGUAUCGCUUUUCGAGGAAUGAUGCCGGCGUUUAUGACAAAUCCAAAAACCACUCGGACGGCGAUGAUUCAGGUGUUUUUAUUUGUAAUCUGAUCAAAGUUAAAUUUAAUACGCUCGAAAUAAUAAAACAAAAAAAAAGAAAACCACAAAAAAGAGAAAAGCUGGUUUCCAGUGUGUUUCAUUUUCUUACUAAUGCAAAAAUCUUGACUAACUUGACUUUUUUCAACGACUUUUGGUGAUUUUGGAAAGAAUCCUGGCGGUAAUUGGAAUUUUACAAAGUUUGGAAACUUUUGAUUCUUGUAAUCAAUUCGGCUGAUAAACGUGAGAAUCUGAUGAGAGGACCGAAAACCUAAAAAAAAGACUCUAACACAUAGCAUUUUCGUCUGAAAUGGUCGAUUUGAAUUUUCGUUUUAUUCCAGACGAUUCUGACGACGACGACGAUGAUGAUGAACCGGAGUAUCGUCGAAGAAACAACAAAAAGGAAGAUAAAAAGAGGAAAAAGGAACAUCACCGGAGCCGUCGUCAAGCAGUUCCUGUACCGGAUCCCGCUCUCAAUGUCAUCGGUAAUUGUUCAAUUCCUUUUUUUUGUUGCAUGCAUCAAGAUUUCGAAUGUACCGAAAAUAGAAAAAAGCACAUGGAAACUGGUAGAUGCCUAAUUAUACGCACGUUACUAUAGCGACUAAUAAAAGUAUGACUUUGAGCCUAUUUGAUGAAUGGUUUGAAAGAAGUUCCGUCAUAAAACUUGAUUAUCAUCCCUCGAAAAACAUAAAAGAGGAUCAGAUGGCAAAAAAGUAGUAAAAAAAUGGAAAAAGUCACCAAAAAGGUUUUUUUUCUUACUUUUUGAGGGGUCAACCUACCAAUGAACCUUUUGAAAUUUUUUCGGACUUCGAUAUUGAUUGGGCUAUAACUAACGUUUUCAGAACAAUUGAGAAGACGGUCUUCUCAAAACAGAGCAGUUUCGUGUAGCCUAUAAGUUGAUAAUGAUCGAAAUCACGAAAUUUAAUAUCCUCGGUCAAAAGAAGACUUGGAAUUUCACCGAACGAAAUUCCGCUCUACCGCAGCGUCUCUCCACCUCGCUUUGAACUUGUUCUCAUUGGGGAUAGAUGAACUUUUCCACUAGGAACACGUGCUGGUCGAGUUCUUAAAUAAAAUAAAAAAUUGAAGGCGCGGCCGAGCACGCAGCGGAAGAGCGGAAUUUCGUUAGGGAAAUUCCAAGCCUUGGUACACAGACUAUAUUCACUAAAGAAUCUUCCAGGAACAAGAUUCACAAUCUCCUGCUCCACGAAAGGAGUAACGACAGACGCUGUUGGAACAGUCUCUUUAUGCUCUUCUUGUUGGGUUUGGCGUCGCUUACCUGCCAAUUAUUCUCCACAAUACCUCAACGAACUGAUUUGCGACGAUGCUGAUAAUGCUUGUCUCAGUGGUAUUAUUAUUUUCCUUUUUUCCUAAAUUAUUGUGAAUUCUUCGAAUUUCAGGUUAUGCAAAAUGUUCUGUGGGAGAACGGACGGUCGAAGUAAUGAGGGAUGAUAAUGGCGUGAAAAGUCCAGUCGUCCUCACUGCUGGGUCAUUCUGCGAAUGUCGGAUCUUGGUCUGUUUGAUUUGAGUUAGACUUUGGACAUGAAAUACAAAUUGCAAAAAAAAAGUUGUUUUCAACUGAAAUUGGUUCAAACUUCUUAUUUGAGAUCGAUUUCAACAGCUGAAAGCGUCAAAUUGAAGCUGGAAUCUAAGACAUAGUGAAUAUAUUACUUUAUAAUAUUUUUUCAAUCAGAGUUAUAAUCAUUAAAUACCUCUAUAUAUUGAAAAAUAGGUUUUUCUUUCCUAACUAGGUUUGUUUUUGAUUUGGUACGAACUUUAAAGUCAUAUUUAGAGAGAACCCAAUCCAUUUUUGGUCAACAACAUUUUUUAAGACCAAGACGAGAUUUUUUUCUUGAGUGUCUUCCCUUUUGGUCGUAGUUUUACGAGAAUCAAAGACUUCUCUUGUCUUUAAAUCACAAGACUUCUUGGGAAUAAUAUAAAAACUUUCUCAGAGCGGCUCAACCUUGGAGAACUUGGUUUCUGGCACUGGAAUCUCUGGAGUUCUACCACCUGUCACUUCAACCGAUCCAAUGCCAUAA